AUGCCGCCCCCAGACGCGCCAUCACCCACACCGAGCAAUGCGACAGGCGGAAAACGUGCACGGUCAACUGCAUCUGUCGCUCCCGCAGCACAGCCUGCUGCCCGCACAAAGCGCCGGAAGCCAGAGGACUCAAACCCGGACUCUGGCGCUGAGGGCCAACGACGUCCCAUGAGCUUUGGUGUGGGCAUGGUCAAGGGCCGCGAGGACGAGUGGAGCGAGCCUGCCGACAUCAAGACCAAGAUCAACUUCCUGGACCUCCCACUUGAGGCGCUCUACAAGUACCUCGAGUUGCAUGACUUGGUGCCCAGGUGGGACGUGUCUCCAUGGUCUGAGCAGUCGUGUACCCCUCCCAACGCGCUGUACACCAUUCCUCCUCCUCCUCCUGUGGUCCCCAUCCAUCCUCCAUCACCCAAGGCGCACGAGCCAAUGGAAGUGGAAGCCGGACCUGUCCCCGUUGAGAAUGAGGUUAAGCCUGAGCAGGGCGACGAGGAUGCCAGGCCCAAGCCUGAGGGGGAAGCUACCGAAGGUAACGAGGGCGGAGAUGAGGAGGGCAAGGAGGGCGACGACGAGACCCUUGCUCCGCCCACUACAAGGAGUAAGACGGCUCCUUUCCGUCGCCCAUCGACCCCGGAGCCAACCCCUCCACCAACUAUCAAGCGUGGUGUGUUUACCCUCUCGGACGUGCACGCUGCGCGUGCUGUCCUUGCCGAAAAGGCCAACCAGCACUGGAUGAAGGGCCUCGGCGGGGGCCAGAACCGUGAAGGCGAAACGAUUGUCAACUUUUUAUACAAGAACAAGGUCGGCCAUGGUCGCCUUCUGCGUGUCUACAACCCGACUCCGGCGCCAUUCUCAUAG